AUGAGUAUGUAUUUUUUCUUACUAUUUGAAAGUGUGGUACUGCUGAUCAAUAGCGUUUUAAUCAUAAAUGAAAAGAAGUUGAAAAGGUAUAAAAAAAUUGACAUAAGCUUGAAUAGCAAUGACAUUUUUGAUAACAUUAAAUUGCUAUUCUAUACUAUAAGAGUAUACUUUAAAAUUCCAUUAAUUUUCCUUAAUUUAUUAUGUAUCGUCGUUGAAAUUCUAUUUGGAUAG